AUGUCUGGGAAAUACGGAGGACGGGGUCCUAUUUUGCUUGGAGUGACCUGGGCAGAAGCAGCGCUGGCUCUGAUUCUGUUCGGGCUACGUGCAAAGACUGCGUCUCUGUGUCCACCAGAGGGCGGUUCGUUUGGGAUCUGUGGUCUGCGAUGGGAUUUUGUCUGGGUGAUGUUUGCUUAUGCACUUGCCUUUGUGGCCCAGUGCACCAUGACCGUGAGUGUCACAUACGGCCUCGGAGUGCACCAGGAUCAGCUCUCGCACCCGGAGAUUGUGGCCAGCAAUUACUGGAGCUGGAUUGCUCAAGUCCUGUCCAUUCUUGAUCUGGCAAUCGCCCGGUGUGCCGUGAUUGCUUUCCUCCUGGCCCUGCAAAUGCAUACCCACCGCAAAGGUCGCUGGGUACUGCUCACGGUGGGUGCCAUUCAGGGGCUGAUCAACGUGGCCGAAGUCGGUGUCAUAUACCAUCAGUGUGAUCCACCUCAGCGAUUGUGGGAUACAGACGUUCCAGGGACCUGCGAUCUGAUCGGAACCUGUUUGCACAUCGGAUACGCUCAGGGUGGAAUUGGUGCGGCCUCAGACAUCUUCCUGGCUUGUUAUCCGGUCUAUAUCAUCGGACGACUUCAGCAAAUGAGACUCUCCCUCAAAAUUGGACUGUGUCUAUUGAUGAGCGGAGGUAUCAUAGCAGGAAUAGCCGGAAUCAACAAGACAGUCGCCAUAUCCACCAUCGCCGAAACCAAUGACCAAACGUACGCUAUUGCCAAGCUAAACACCUGGGUUCUAACGGAGAUGUGGUUCAUUCUCAUCUUUGGGUCAAUUCCUGUCCUACGCCCCUUCUUCGUGCGAUUCUCUCAGAGCAUCAAGAGUGCCGCGGGAUACUCGAGCUCGCGCAGCCGCUUUCAUGCCGAUGACGAACGUAGUGGAAGUCGUCCCAAUGACGAGAUAUGGAUAGACCUCGAUGAUCGACAGCAUAGCCCCUGGAUGGCUCAUGGGCCUCGUACGAAGAAGAGCGUGUCUGUGGGGGUGCAUGGAGGCAGUGAGGAGGGUAUCUUGUCCACGACGCUGGCUGCGGCCGAGGCUGCGGGUGAUCCCAAUGCUCACAGUCAACUGCAGGCUGCUAUUCGCAAACUGCAAUUGGCAGCGGAAAGGCCGAUUGACACAACUUCUCGAGUGAACUUCCAAAUUAUGCAAAAUAUCUGCGUUCGAGUGGCAAUCGAAAGGAAGCUGCUACACACGAUCGCCGGGAGGAAUGGCGAGCCCAUAACAUCGGCCGAAUUGUCGCGUGUGACUGAUACGGAUGAGCUUCUAGUUGUCCGUGUGAUGCGUGUGUUGACCGCAAUUGGCUUUGCACUCGAGACUGCCAACCAAACCUACGCAGCGAACGAGACGACCUAUUUCGGAGUCCUCCCUGGAUCAGUUGCCGCCGUGAAGCAUCACUUCGAACCCGACUUUGGCAUGGGAGCCAAACUGGUCGAGUACAUGCGCGGUCCCGGCAUUUGCCAGUUCGCCGAUGAACCGGGUCAGGAAACGCUUUUCAAGUACGCGCAUGGAUUUGACAAGAUCUUCGGCAUGCUCGAACAAAACCCGGAGCAAAAGCAGGCCUUCGAUGACUACAUGGCGUCUCGACGCUUGAUCGACCAGCCGCAGUGGUUUGAAAUCUAUCCUGCUGCCGAAAGACUGGUGAAUGUGCGAGACGGUCCAGAUUCUGUUCUACUGGUUGAUGUGGGAGGAGGACCAGGACAAGAAAUGUCGCGCUUCAGACAGCGUCAUCCAGACAUUCCGGGGAGAAUCAUCCUGCAAGAUCUUCCUCUGACGCUCAACCGGAUUGAGAGGAUACCAGACGGGAUUGACCCUAUGGAACACGAUUUCUUCAAUCCGCAGCCGGUCAAGGGUGCCAGGGCUUAUUUCUUCCGGCAAGUGCUGCACAACUGGUCCGACGCCAAAAGCAAGCAGAUUCUGUCGCAUAUCGCCGAUGCCAUGGAGCCGGAAUACUCAACCCUGCUGAUUGACGACUAUGUCCUGCCGGAUACUGGUGCCGAGCUGAGAGCAGCUGAGAUGGAUAUUCUCAUGUGGCUGCAUACCGCCGGUCUCGAGCGAACUGUCUCGCAGUGGAGGUCGUUAUUCGAUGCUGUAGGCCUCGAGCUGGUGCAGAUCUGGAAUACCGACAAGGGCGAUGAGUCGGUGCUGGAGGUGCAGAAGAAGUCUCUGUGA